CCGGCGCAACGCAGCCCGGGAACUCGAUCUCCCGGCUCCCCGCGCGGCUAGGGUGCUUCUCUGCGAUCAGGAAACGCGAAAGAUGGCGACUGCUCGGCGACGUUGAGGCCGCGUUAGGCGGUUCAGGCGCAGGGUGAUGGCAGGAGAACUGGCUGACAAAAAGGACCGAGAUGUGUCACCUUCUAAGGAGGAAAGAAAGCGAUCCCGGACUCCUGACAGAGAGCGAGACAGAGACCGGGACCGGAAGUCUUCCCCAUCUAAAGAUAGGAAGCGGCAUCGGUCUAGGGAUAGACGUCGUGGUGGUAGCCGCUCUCGAUCUCGUUCCCGUUCUAAGUCUGCAGAGAGAGAACGGCGGCACAAAGAGCGAGAUCGAGAGAAGGAACGGGAUCGGAACAAGAAGGACCGAGACCGAGACAAGGAUGGACACCGCCGGGACAAGGACCGUAAGCGGUCCAGCUUAUCUCCUGGCCGAGGGAAAGACUUUAAAUCUCGGAAGGACAGAGACCCUAAGAAGGAUGGAGAGGAUGAGCAUGGUGAUAAGAAACCAAAGAUUCAGCCACUAUCCUUGGAGGAACUUCUGGCUAAGAAAAAGGCUGAGGAGGAAGCGGAAGCUAAGCCCAAGUUCCUCUCUAAAGCGGAGCGGGAGGCUGAAGCUUUAAAGCGACGGCAGCAGGAGGUGGAAGAGAGACAGAGGAUGCUUGAAGAAGAGAGGAAAAAGAGAAAACAGUUCCAGGACUUGGGCAGGAAAAUGCUGGAAGACCCUCAGGAACGGGAACGACGAGAACGAAGAGAGAGGAUGGAGCGAGAGACCAAUGGAAACGAGGAUGAGGAAGGGCGACAGAAGAUCCGGGAAGAGAAGGAUAAGAGCAAGGAGCUGCAUGCCAUUAAGGAGCGUUAUCUGGGUGGCAUCAAAAAACGGCGCCGAACAAGGCAUCUCAAUGACCGCAAAUUUGUCUUUGAGUGGGAUGCAUCUGAAGACACCUCCAUUGACUACAACCCUCUGUACAAGGAACGGCACCAGGUGCAGCUCUUGGGGCGAGGCUUCAUCGCAGGCAUUGACCUAAAGCAGCAGAAACGAGAGCAGUCACGUUUCUAUGGUGAUCUAAUGGAAAAGAGGCGAACCCUGGAAGAGAAGGAGCAGGAGGAGGCAAGACUCCGCAAACUUCGCAAGAAGGAAGCCAAGCAGCGCUGGGAUGACCGCCAUUGGUCUCAGAAGAAGUUAGAUGAGAUGACAGACAGGGACUGGCGGAUCUUCCGUGAGGACUAUAGCAUCACCACCAAAGGGGGCAAGAUCCCCAAUCCUAUCCGAUCCUGGAAAGACUCUUCUCUGCCUCCACAUAUCUUGGAAGUCAUUGAUAAGUGUGGCUACAAGGAGCCAACACCCAUCCAGCGUCAGGCAAUUCCCAUUGGGCUUCAGAAUCGUGACAUCAUUGGUGUGGCCGAAACUGGCAGUGGCAAGACAGCAGCCUUCCUCAUCCCAUUGCUGGUCUGGAUCACCACGCUUCCUAAAAUUGACAGGAUUGAAGAGUCAGACCAGGGCCCUUAUGCCAUCAUUCUGGCUCCUACCCGUGAGUUGGCUCAGCAGAUUGAGGAAGAGACCAUCAAGUUUGGAAAACCACUAGGUAUCCGAACUGUGGCUGUCAUUGGUGGCAUCUCCAGAGAAGAUCAAGGCUUCAGGCUGCGCAUGGGUUGUGAGAUUGUGAUCGCCACCCCGGGACGUCUGAUUGAUGUGCUGGAGAACCGAUACUUGGUGCUGAGCCGCUGUACCUAUGUGGUUCUGGAUGAGGCAGAUAGGAUGAUUGACAUGGGCUUUGAGCCAGACGUCCAGAAGAUCCUGGAACACAUGCCUGUCAGCAACCAGAAGCCGGACACGGAUGAGGCUGAGGACCCAGAGAAGAUGUUGGCCAACUUUGAGUCAGGAAAACAUAAGUACCGCCAAACAGUCAUGUUCACGGCUACCAUGCCUCCAGCAGUGGAGCGUCUAGCCAGAAGCUAUCUCCGGCGACCUGCUGUGGUGUACAUUGGCUCUGCAGGCAAGCCCCAUGAACGUGUGGAACAGAAAGUCUUCCUUAUGUCAGAGUCAGAAAAGAGGAAAAAGCUGCUGGCAAUCUUGGAACAAGGUUUUGAUCCACCCAUCAUCAUUUUUGUCAACCAGAAGAAGGGUUGUGAUGUGUUGGCCAAGUCCCUGGAGAAGAUGGGGUACAAUGCGUGUACACUGCAUGGUGGAAAAGGCCAGGAGCAGCGAGAGUUUGCACUGUCCAACCUCAAGGCCGGAGCCAAGGAUAUUUUGGUGGCUACAGAUGUGGCUGGUCGUGGUAUCGAUAUCCAAGAUGUAUCUAUGGUCGUCAACUAUGAUAUGGCCAAAAAUAUUGAAGAUUACAUCCACCGCAUUGGCCGCACAGGGCGAGCAGGCAAGAGUGGUGUAGCCAUUACCUUCCUCACCAAAGAGGACUCUGCUGUGUUCUAUGAGCUGAAGCAAGCCAUCCUGGAGAGCCCAGUGUCAUCUUGUCCCCCAGAGCUAGCCAACCACCCAGAUGCCCAGCACAAGCCAGGCACCAUCCUCACCAAGAAGCGCCGGGAAGAGACCAUCUUUGCUUGACACAUUUCCACUGGAUUAAGGGCAUGCUUUGAAGCUGUCUGACUCCUAUUCUUAAGACCCUUGUACCUCUUUCCAGAUUCUCAUUCUUGGGUUUUGGGGGCUUAGGAAACAGACUUCCUGGCCUAGACCUUCAGGUCUGGAGACCUGUGUGUGGGCUGCAAAGGGACAGGAAGAUGCUGUAGGAGGCAGGGAGAACAGUUACCAGUGUUGGCUCAUCUUUGCCCUUCACUGCUUUGUGACUGUCCUGGUUAUGGGGUACCUGUGUAGCAUUACCCCAAGACUGAACAGUACCUGGUUAGGCGGAUGAAACCUUCAGCAGAUGUCAAUGUGUAACUGUAUGCUGCAGUGACGUUGUUCCCGAAAUGACCCAGGGGAUCCGGUACCAUGAGGAUUGUGGACCUUGGACUCUGUCACUUUGACAACCGUUUUCCCAUUUGGAGUAUAAAACAGGUUGAGAGCCUUUAGAACUCUACAGUCCUGUGCCACGGGUGCUGUGCACUCUAGGCAUCCCUCCCCCAGGGAUUUUUUUUUUAGAUAUGGGGACAGGGUGAGCUGGCUGUGUCCAUUUUUAAGUCACUGAGUGAAAUUUCUGUUUUCUAUUCUCUGAGAAGAUAAGUUUGUAUGUUCUGAGAAUAAAUACAUAAAUAUUAA